AUGCGCGUGCUUAGCGGCGCGGGCGGCACGCUGAGCGGUCGUGAGGCGAAUGAGUACGCGAGCUACUGCGCGCGCAUCCACGACGAGGAGAUCUACCACGACCUGUGCGUCGUCAAGGGACCCGCGCGCGAACCGCCCGCACCCCACCCGAUCGCUUUCACCGCACUAGCGUCGUCGUCGCAUAGUUUAGAGAAACGGGACUAUGUUAUACGCGAGUUGGUGGACACGGAAUGCAAUUACGUGGACGUGCUGAGUAAAAUAAUCAAGUACUUCCUGAAACCGUUGAUGCAGUGUCUGAAGCCGCAAGAUAUGCAAAUUAUUUUCUUCGGUGUAAAGGAGCUGCACGAAAUUCACACAGGACUAUUACGUCAGUUGAGACUGGCCACAGAGGUCUGCGUUCCGGGCAGUGGCGCACCCCGGUUGGCGGAUGUGUUUCUGGCGUGGCGGGAAAAGCUGCUGCUAUACGGAGACUAUUGCUCUAAUCUUACUACGGCUCAAGAUACGCUAAAAACACUGGACUCUAGGGACCCGGUGUUUAGUAAACAACUUGCGAAAUGUCAAAAGGAACACAGCGAUGGUCGGAUACAGUUGCGCGAUAUUCUUUCGGUGCCCAUGCAGAGGAUACUCAAAUACCACUUACUGCUGGACAAACUGGUGCAGGAAACACAGCCGAACCACGAAGAAUUUCGCGGACUGGAGCGUGCGAAAGAAGCUAUGGUUGAUGUGGCUCAAUAUAUCAAUGAGGUGAAGAGAGACAGUGAAGUUCUAGCUUUACUUGCUAAAGUCCAGGAAAGUAUAAUAAACUGGGACGGAGCUGAGCUGGGUGCAGGCGGAGCUCUGCUUGCAGCAUAUGGACGGCUGCUGCUAGACGGUGAGCUCAAGGUCAAAGCGCACGAAGACCAGAAACAAAGGUUGCGUUAUGUCUUUGUCUUCGAUAAGCUUAUGCUACUGUGCAAGCCCGUUAAGGAUAACCAAUACUCAUACCGUGUCGGGAUUCGGUUGGCGGAGUACAGAGUGGAGGAAGGGUGUGGUCGUAGGGCGUUACGGACGGACGGAAGGUGGUCAUCCCAGUUUUACCUCGUCCGACGGACGAAGGAAACUACCUUUACGCUUUACGCGCGGACGGACGAAUGCCGACGGAAAUGGCUUAAGACGAUACAAGACGCCAUAGACAAUCUAGAACCGCCGGGAUGUAGGAAUACAAAUCACAAGUUUGUGUUACAUACGUUUGACAAACCUGCAACUUGCCAUCAUUGUUCAAAGUUCCUCAAAGGCCGAAUAUUUCAGGGUUACCUAUGUUCAGUAUGCAGCGCGUGCGCACAUAAGGACUGUAUAGCGCUCUCGGGUAGGUGUGGUGGUGGUUUGUCCGUGGCUCCGCCCCUUCCGCCUCACAACCAGCAGCCGGAUCAUGCGCUUCAUUAUUAUAUGUGGUAUGUCGGUGAAAUGGGCAGAGAAACAGCAACAGCGCGGCUAGAGCGGCGAGUGGACGGCACGUUCUUGUUGAGGGUGAGACCGCGUGCCCCGCCGCAUCCUUCCAACGACACACAUUACGCUCUCUCGCUGAAGACGGAUAAUACAGUGAAGCAUAUGCGGGUGUGUCGUAAGCCGAUAGACCAGGUGCCACAUUACUACCUCUCGGAGUCACGUUUCUUUCGUAGCAUCGUCGAGCUGGUUACCUACUAUGAAAGCGUCAGUCUCGCCGAGAACUUUGUAGGAUUAAACUCUAGUCUAAGAUGGCCAUUUAGGCGGGUGGUUGCAACGGUGAUACAUGACUUUCGGCCGUUGGAGUCGAGUCAGCUGUCGCUUCGUCCCGGCGCAAAAGUCCUAGUGCUUAGCAAGGAGGGUGACAGCCGAGGCUGGUGGAAGGGCAGGAUACUAGACAAGGUAGGUGACAAUCGUUCCGGUUAUUUCCCGAAGGACUGCGUGCUAGAAGAACCGGAGUGUAUAGGCGCGCUCGACUGA